CCUUCUAGGUCGAACAAACGGUUACAACAGACACAGGCUCAAGUAGAUGAGGUAAAGUAGCCUCACAUGUUGCAUGUUUAGUCAAAAAACUGUUUAAAACUGAAGUACUUUGGUCUAAUAUGCUGUCACGUAAAGCAAGCUCAAAUUUCUCUGUAAAAUACAGCGGAAAACCGAGGCCAUAUUAACUCAUAGGACUUUUUUUUGGCCUGGACCUGAUUACUGUGUAGUGAUUUCACUUCAUUUAGAUCUUUCUUGUUUUGUUACUGCUGUUUUUUGUAGGUGGUAGAUAUUAUGAAAGUUAAUGUCGACAAAGUGUUGGAAAGAGAUGCAAAACUGUCAGAGCUUGAUUCUCGCGCUGGUAAGAAAUUUGAUUUAUUUUGAUUAUUUUUGUUUUUUUCUCAAAUUAAUGUUUAUUUACUAGAUGAUAAGGGAAUAGACCAUCAAAAUUAAAGAUUGAUUCCAAAAUCUGUAGCUGCAAGCCGCUGACAUGUUAAACGCAACAUCAUAGAAGUUAAUUUUAGCAUUGAUCUCAGCUUCUUUAACCAAAUGACGUUGGUUCUCCAAAAAUUUAAUCUAUAAUCGUAGCAACGUAAAAGCUACCAUAAUCUGAUGGUGCUAAUUUCUGGAAGUCAAUGUGGUUAGUUAUUAAUCCGUUAUAAAUUAAGCUUGUAGUUAUUAUAAUGUUGAAAUACAAAACUGUACAACAUUUUGUUCAUAUUGGCUUCCUCAUUGACCUUAUAUUGUAAACAUCUGAGAAAGUCAAGAAAGUCUUCUGUGAGCAACUAAUUUCCAAGCAUAAUUUUCCAAUAUUACCAUUGUUGUCCAGAAGUGCAAAUUGAAAAAUCAGAGCAACUUUUAUUUUUUCACAUGACAAAUUUACAAUAAUUUCCCCAAAAUCCCCAAAUAAAAAUAUUUAUUUUUACUUUAUUAUGACAUUGUAUUGUCAUGCUAACAAUAUUCAAAGGCUGAAUGGGCAAAAAGUGUCCUAAUUCCUUAAAUUCUAAAGUUGUCUUUUUUGAACAUACACUUCAUGUAUGUACCUUGUUGGAGAUGAGCACUAAAAACCACAAGCAUUUACUUUAGCCAUGCCCUUAAGUGUUUCUUUCCCUCCCCUAAUGGAUCCAAUAUUUUGAAAACAAGAAACAAGUGAUAACCUUUUUUAUAUAUAUAUCCUGGGGCACAAACUUACUACAACGUCUUUUGAUAAAUAAAUAAAAAUAUUACUUUUUGUAGUUACAAUUUUAGUAUUAUUAUAUAUUUGAAUAACAUUAUUAAUUUGUAAAGCUAGGUUUCAUAUGAGAAAAAAGGGCAAGACACAGUCUUGUGGCAUAUUAGUAAACUUCUGAUGUUAAAACAUUCACAUGGACUACCUUCAGUAAUAUGAUUCUGCAGCUAGAAAUGACCCUUUUUAUGACCGAUGAAACAUUAUCGGGCACCAUCGUAAGUUUCUCUGAUUUCUUUUUUUUUUGUUUUCUCUAAUAAUCUUUCACUGACAACUUAAACUACAUUGUGCCAUUCAGGGUAGUGUUCAAGGUAGUGUUGGUAGACUGUAGGAAUAUAAUAUUACGUAAAUUUUAUAAUAGUACACACAAUUGUGACUAUAGUUUGUAUUUAAAGAUCUGAUAUGUUGAAAAUUGAAAAUAUGUACAAGUUAAAAAUAAAGCUCUACAAAGUAAUUUCUGGACGUUAUUUAGUUCAUCAUAAACCAAGCUUUGGAACUCUAAAAAUGAGAGUCUGAUAGUCUGGAAUUUAUGAAUCAUUUCCCCUUUGUACUCUGAUUUCCUUUUUUCUAUAAAAAGAAGCAUGUCACAUUUGAAAAUUCCAUUCCAAUAUAAAAGUAAUAGCCUUGGAUUUCCACUCAAAAGUCCAUUUUUUGUAUUUAAUUUUUUCUUCUCUCCUUUAAUUAGCAUUUCCCAGCCGAUGAAUGUCUCCUCUCUUUCCUUCCUAUAUGUUAACCUAACUCUUGAGACUUGGCUUUUUGCUCUUGUUUCUUAAAAUAAUAAUUCAGCCCCUUUCUUGUUUUUUGUUUGUUAUUUUAAAUUCACUGAUUGUUGUGAGCUGCUAUUGAUCUUUUGGGAAAAAAAUGCUAUUAAAGUCUGUUAAGCAUUUUUUCUGCAUAAUCAUCCAAAUAGGCCUUUUGCGUUAGUUGAUUGCGUGAUCAACUUUUGGUAAACACGAAAACAGUUCGCUUUUGAAACAUUUUGUUAGUGGGAGCUGAAAGAGUGUAUUAAAAUUAGUGAACCUGUACAUUUUCAGGUGUAUAUCUCAAAAGUAGCGAUUGCACUGGCCCGCAAAAGUUAGAAGGAUUUGAAUGAGAAAAACAACUCUUGCCUUGUGGAGUUGUAUGGAAAACCACUCAAGCGUGACUGGGUGGCAAGAGUUGUUUUUCUCAUACAAAUCGUUCUAACUUUCGGUGGCCAUUGCAAUCGCUACUUUUGAGAUGUACGGCUGAAAAUUUACAGGUUACCUAAUUUUAAGACGCUCUUUCAGCUUGUGCUAACAAUAUGUUUCAAAAGCAUACAGGUUUUGUGUUUACCGAAAGUUGAUCAUGUGAUCAACUAAUGCAAAAGGCCUGUUAAUGGGUGUGAUUGGGAGGAUCAAGAUUAUCCCAGCAAAUAUAGUACAUGGUAGUUGCUUCCACCGCACUUCAGCUCUGGCAAGGCAACUCUGUUGUCCUAAUGAUGUUUGGCUUGUCAAACAUUGCAUUAGUACUGUUUCCAUGAUAUGAUCAACUUAAUCGCAAGAACCUACUUCUGAGGUGACCUGGGUGAUCAAGGCAACCUGGGCUAUUAUAAUUUUAUGAAAACCAUGCUUUACUCCAAUUAUUUUGACCGGCAACAAUGAUUCUUGCAAUAAAGAAAUUUUUAGGGCUUGGCUUGUAUGAAAAUUGCACCCUGCUUGAUAGGGAUUUCGAAGCAAAAGCACAUACCGGUAUUGUAUUCCCUGUGAAUUGCCUCUCACUUAAGGGUGUUACCUUACUUUUCCAUGAAACUCUAUCACAGUCCAUUGUUAUGAUCUUUAUUAAUGUUAUUAUCAUUAUUAUUUUUAUUGUUUUUAUUAUUAUUAUACUAUAAAAGGUUUCAAAAUAGCAGCCUGCAUGUUAACUUUUCACCAAAGAAAUAGAAAAUGUCAUGCUUUGAUCGGCCAACUGAAAUCAAAGUUGCUGUAAUGUUGUAGUAAACAUUUCAUAUUAGACAAUAUAGAGCCAAGAAGCGUUUUAGAAACUUUUUGGAAAUGUUUUAAAAUGAGUAGAAAGAGUAGAAAAAGGUUUGGAAAUUUAAAGUGUGCUUCAAAAGUUGAAAAGGAGAAUUAUUGUUCACCUUAAACUACUACAUGUAAUUAUUUUACGCGUUUGUUCAAGCAUGAAACAUGCAAGUUUGUCUAGACAAACCGUUGCAUUGCUGCCUUUAUGUUUCUGCACUUGUAAUCAAGAUUUAUUUUGCACAAAAAACUUGUUUAGUGCUGUUUGCGAAGCCUUUUCCCUUGUUCAAGUUAAAGUCAGUUUUGUAUUCAUAUUGUUUGACAGAACAGAUUUCCCAUGUUUGUUCUCUGCCCUGGUUUGUGAGUGAAGAAGCACCACGGUUUGUCUUUGUCUGAAGGGGAAUUGUUGCAAUGAAAUACGUUAAUCAAAAUGAAGAUUCUGAUGGUGAUAUUAUUUUGGCAGUUCAAAGCAUGUGUUUUGUUCCAAUUCUUUUUAAAAUCACUUUAUAUUUUCAAGGUUUCUCAAGGAAGAAAGUGAAAUUUCAAUUCAGAAAGGUUUUGGUUACAUGUCAUACACGCAAAUUGCGUAAAGUGGAAACAAGUGAUUCAUUAUUGACAACCGGGAAAAAUAAGCCUUGGCAAAAAAAGCCUGCAGAUUCAACCCAAAAGCUGUGAUUUUAUUUUGAACCCUGUAUAAGUUGAUAAUUCCCGAUUCACCCUUUUGCUGCACUGUGGAUGUUAAAAGGAAACAGAACAUUCUUUCUUCUGUCAUCAGAUCAACUGCAAGCUGGAGCCUCGCAAUUUGAGCACAGUGCUGCAAGACUAAAACGCAAGAUGUGGUGGCAGAAUUGCAAGGUUUGUUCAUUUCUGUAUUUACUGCUUUACAUUUUGAUGAACCUGUUGCACAAGCCCCUCUUUUGUGUUUAAUUUAAAGGCUAGUUUUCACUAGCGACGGAGUCAGAGUAGUAAGCGGAGUGGUUUAAAUUUAUUUCAAAUAUUGCUCACUGGAAGUCGUGCCCUAAAAAUUUUGUUUUAUUACCCCAUUAAAUAAAAAACUAAUCACAUCAAGUAAAGCCAACAUGGGCUUUUUGAGUGUUCCAAGUUGGUUCCUCAAAUUUAAUUUUCAAAGUCAAUAUCCUUGGUGUCAGAUCUUUCUGGAUCAGACUCCACUUCAACUUGACUGUGAGAGGAUAAAAGAUUUAAGAGAAGUUGGGGAGAGGGGUGAGGUCGAUUAUUUGAGGGGGGUAAUUAAUCAAGGGACGGUUAUUAUUAUUCGAGGAAAUACUGUAAAUGUUAUGUUACAGUCAAGGCAGGUUAAAUGUACCCCUCAAAAUUGUAUUAAUAAAUUUAUUAUUCGAAAAUUGAAUGCAUGGGUAGUCGUAGAUUUCAGAUUCAUCUCUGCAUUCUUGCAUGAGUGAUGAGCCAUGAAUUCACACACGUAAAAGUUAUUAAAUUUCCUCAAAGCAAUUUUAACUAUUCAAAAAUUUUCAAUCUGACCAGAUACAGAGAAGUUCUCGGAAAAUAUUUACUGCUCAUUACGUAUGCAGGAAUGCCAAUUUGAAUUUGACACUAGUUACAGGAACAACUAAUGGAUUUGUUGUAGUUAAUUUUUUGUCUCAGAUAAUUUCUAUUUUUCUGUUGUUUCAACUUUGUAAGCAUACAUUACCAUACCCAAAAAGAAAAGAAAAACAAAAAUUACCUGAGAUGAAAAAUUAACUACAACAGACUCAUUCUUCAAAUAAUCAAUUCAUUAAUAGAAUCUUGAGGGGGCGGAGUACAUUGACCUGCCUUGACUGUAUAAUAUAAUAAAAAAAAUUAGCACGUGUUUUGGGUGACCCCUCACGUGGUCUUCAUGACCCCUGCUUGAAAGAAUUAACUGGAAUGAUGUACACUCCCAUGACAUCUGAGUUGCUGCUCUGCCAUCUCAGAGUCAGAUAUCAGUUUGUGGUCUGUUUUAGCGGAGCUUCAUGUGCUGCGCAAAGCGCUGCAUGUGGGCGGAGCCCCAUAGCUAAGGAAAUGUGGUAAUCUACCCAUCGAAGAAAAUUUGGUAAUCAUGUGACCGUACACCGACUGUCUGUGCGCACCACAGGCAUACAAUUGUAAAAUAACUCAAUCAACAGGUAUGGCAACCCAAAUGCAAUUCAAGGUUUUAUUUGGAAGGAAAUCACAGUCGGCUUUGGAUGGCUACCAGUGGCGUAUGAGAAUUCUUCUUAGAUCACAGCCUUGAGUGAUUUAAGGGAGCCUUGUGCUCCGAACCUGUGAAAUCCAUCGUGACCAGCAUAUUGUUUUCACAAAAAAAAAAAAAACCAACAUUUUCUAGUCACCCAAGAGCAAAAUUAAAGUGCAAGUAGACACCAGGAAUUGCUAAAGCAAAGCCCUAACUAUCAGAUGUUUUUGGAAAGAAGGAAAAUAAACUAAAAAAAUUUUUUUUGCAACAUAAAGGACUGCAUGUUAAACUUCAUAAUAAACUUGCCCUAAAACCCGUGAAAUCCAUCGUGACCAGCAUAUUGUUUUCACAAAAAAAAAAAAACCAACAUUUUCUAGUCACCCAAGAGCAAAAUUAAGGUGCUAGUGGCCACCAGGUAUUGCUAGAGCACAGCCCUGAUCAUCAGAGUUUUUUGGAGAGAAGGAAAAUAGACUAAAAAAAGUUUUCUUCGAACAUAAAGGACUUCAUGUUAAACUUCAUAAUGAACUUGCUCUAAACAGCUUAUUAUUUCAAAAUCUUGUACUUCCACGUGAAAUCCCCAGAUGUGUCAAAAUAAUAAAAGUUCUUGUGUGGCAUGUUAUUUUGUUGAUUUCUUUCCUAAUCUUUUGAUCCCUUGCACUGUUAGUGGCUUUGUGGAAGGAUAUAAUUUUCUUUUUUUUUUCUGUUCUUCUUAUACAGAUGUGGAUCAUUCUCAUUGUGGUCAUUGUUGUUAUUAUUGCUGCCAUUGUCAGUAAGUCUACUUGUAAAUAUAUUACAUAACGGUAGAGACUGACGUAAGUGAAGUACUGAUAACUGUAAUAAUACGGCGGGUCAAGGAAUUGGAGAAGGUGUUUGUUAUAACAGGUGUUAGCCUGCAAAUACAGCGAUCGCUCCUCACUCCUUGACGCAAGGGACAUUUCACAUAAAAGAUGUCUGCUCCUCAACGACAGAAAUGCCAUAUUGAUGACAUAAAAUCUGUCCAGAAUCUGGUCAGGAGCUGUCAUUGGUCAAAGUAUUAUUUCUAUUCUCGUUGCUAUUGUUCACGAAGUACAGACAAAACACAAAAGAUCACAGAGGUCAAAUGUAAAUGCCACAAAUCUACUACAAAACAGUCAAAAUUAUAUAAAUAUAUAUAGUCUUCUUCAGAGGAAAUGUUUGAGUUUUGCUGUGGCUUGUUUGCAGAAGAAUGCAGAACUUAAUUGCAACCCCAUGAGUACCAGAUUACAGCUGUUUGGGGUAACACGCCACCUGUGUUGUCAAAAACAUUUCAGGAUUUUGUUUUUUUCUGCAACAUCAAUCAAACCAUUACCAUAGCAUCCACUGUGUUUGUGAAAUAAUAGCGGCAAAGUACACAAGCAGAAGCUGCAAAUAUGAAUGUUGGUGGUAACAUACCGGUUCGUUUUCACCCUCCCAGGGCUUGGAGAUUUUAUGGUUAUUGAUGCAGCGCUUUUUUUCUAACAAAUGUUCUUGCUUUUUUUCCCUUAGUCUGGGUAGUGGCAAACCAGUCAUCCAGUCCCAGUAAAGAUGAUGAUACUACCCCCGCUCCUGCAACAAAACCUACUACAUAA